ACAAAAGGAUCACACCCCAUGUGAUAAAAACACACGAAUUUAAUAUAUGAUUGUUGUCCUUAUGAUUCGAAGUCCUUUCGUUGGUCUGACGAGUUACCGAGGGACAGAAAACUCGCUUGAGGGAAAUUUGAGCUUUGAGCUCGGCAGCCAUGGGAGAUGGCGGCAACAGAGGCCUCGUCAGCUCUGGAAAUUCCAAUCACAAUGGUGGAAACAGUAAUAGCAGCAACAAGCCUGAGUGGCUACAGCAGUACGAUUUGAUUGGGAAGAUCGGGGAGGGAACUUAUGGCCUGGUCUUUCUUGCCCGUACCAAGACUCCUAGCAAUCGCGGAAAAUCCAUCGCCAUCAAAAAAUUCAAGCAGUCCAAAGACGGCGAUGGAGUUUCGCCGACCGCCAUCCGAGAAAUUAUGUUAUUGCGGGAGAUUACGCAUGAGAAUGUGGUAAAGCUUGUGAAUGUUCAUAUCAACCAUGCUGAUAUGUCUCUUUAUCUGGCUUUUGAUUAUGCUGAGCAUGACCUCUAUGAAAUCAUUAGACACCAUCGCGACAAGGUUACUCAUGCUAUUAAUCAGUACACUGUUAAGUCAUUGCUCUGGCAACUGCUUAAUGGAUUAAAUUAUCUUCACAGUAAUUGGAUCAUUCAUCGAGAUCUGAAGCCUUCUAAUAUCUUGGUUAUGGGUGAUGGCGAGGAACAGGGAGUUGUUAAAAUUGCUGAUUUUGGACUUGCGAGAGUAUAUCAGGCUCCGUUGAAGCCAUUGUCUGAUAAUGGGGUUGUGGUAACCAUUUGGUAUCGUGCACCAGAGCUGCUCCUUGGGGCAAAACAUUAUACAAGUGCUGUUGAUAUGUGGGCUGUUGGAUGCAUUUUUGCCGAGCUUUUGACUUUGAAGCCACUGUUUCAAGGAGCUGAAGUCAAAGCUACCCAAAAUCCAUUUCAGCUUGAUCAACUUGACAAGAUAUUCAAGGUCUUAGGUCAUCCCACUAUAGAAAAGUGGCCAACACUUGCAAAUCUUCCGCAUUGGCAAAAUGAUUUACAGCAUAUUCAAGGCCACAAGUAUGACAAUCACGGGCUUCAGGGUUUUGUAAACAUCUCUUCAAAAAGUCCUGCAUUUGACCUCUUAUCUAAGAUGCUUGAAUAUGAUCCACGAAAGCGUAUAACAGCAGCACAAGCUCUAGAUCAUGAGUAUUUUCGUCUUGAACCUCUACCAGGAAGAAAUGCACUGGUGCCCAGCCAAGGAGAGAAAGUUGUUAAUUAUCCUACUCGUCCAGUAGACACCACUACAGACUUUGAAGGGACAACAAGCCUGCAGCCUUCGCAACCGGUUUCUUCUGGCAAUGCAGUAUCUGGAAACAUGGCUGGUGUUCAUGGAGUUCCAAAUAGAUCUGUCCCUCGUCCUAUGCUUGGUGUUCGGAUGCAGGCUCAGGGCAUAGCAGGUUACAAUCUUGGUUCUCAGGCUGGAAUGGGUGGUGGAAUGAACCAAGGUGGCAUUCCAAUGCAGCGUGGUGUUAAUCCACAGGCCCAUCAGCAACAGUUAAGAAGAAAAGACCCAGGAAUGGGGAUGAGUGGGUACCCUCCACAACAGAAACAAAGGCGCAUGUGAGUGCAGGAUUUACGGGAGAAGUUGUAGAUAACUUAGAUGGCCUACUUGCAUGAAGACCUAAAUCUCAUCCACCAUGAUGCCCCCAGACUCGAAAGUGGAGAAGGUUUUCCUUCCAAUUUGACAUUUUAAUAUUCAGCUACAAGAUUGACGAAGGUUGUGGAGCUUACUAAAUUAGAGUCUGUAUAGGAAAACCUUCAGUAUGGUUGGUACGACAGGACAACAGAUUUGGCAGAAGCUGAGCACACUUUGGUUGGAGUUCAUCAUGCAUGUCCCUUUUUCGUCUUCAACAUGUAUUAUAAUUACUACACAAGUUUUGAUUUCUCCCAGUAUGCUUGCUAUUAGGUAACAUUCCCAAUUGUAGAGAAAAAGUGGAAUGUUGUAACACAAUUGCUUUGAUAAUUCUCAGCUAAUGGAACUUUGUUAUGAUUCA